AUGACUGCCGAUGUUCCGAACUCGCUCAACUGGGUCUCCUUCGUCACGGGAAUACUCUCCUUCGGCCUAACGAUCCUCAACUUGAUCGCACUAUACGGCAACUUCGUCGCCACCAUCCGAGCUGCUCCUAGUGAGAUUCGAGAUUCAUUGGGAAACCUCCGACACCAGCUGUGUGAAGAAAGAGAGGCCCUGCGAUACCAGACAAAGGAGAUACGCUCAAAUGGCAGAUUACGCCAGCGUAUUACGAGUGUCAACGACAGGCUAGCGAGCCAUGAAGCUCGUAAGACGUUUAGGCACGCCGAGAAGACCUUACCGCUUCACUACAUGACUCUGCGGGAUCUCUGGUGCAGUUUCAAAGACAUCGAGAGGCCGUUUCUCGUUGCGAGCGGGUUCCGCGCCGAGACUAUUCUCAACGGCGCAGCCUGGUCUGAGGGGGACCUUGAUGAGAAGGUCCGUCCUGACUUAGAGAAGCACGGCGAAGCGGACAGUUUUGCGGAUUGGAGCGCGCUUUAUAAGUGUGACUUCAUGCACAGGUUCAUUUGGUGGCAGGUCAAGGACGAUGUGAAGAAGUUGUCGGAUGAGGUUGGACGGAUCAUGGCGCGGCGGACGGAGAGAGAGGUUACUUCCACCCGGAUGAUGGUCAAGCAACUCUUCAAUGGCGAUGUGCCCCCGCAGAUUAUCGAAGCGCAUCCGCGCCGCCCUCCAGGAGGUGGCAGUGGAGGGGGUGCGACCAAAAUUCGAACGAGCAGGGGUUCGGGGCCUGUGAGACGGAGCUCGGUGCAGGUGAGAAGGAGCCCGGCCCCGUCCAGGAGAAGCCCCGUUCCUAUUCCAAGGCGGCAGGGCGAGCGGCUUGCAGCACAAGACGAUGAGAGCUCCUCUUCCGGUCAGAGCAGCGACAGUAGCAGUCAGACGCCACGCAAGGGCAUGGACGUGCCCAGACGGGAAGACGGCAGUCCCGCGGCCAGUGAAAGUCAACACGACGCUCCAAAUAGCGAUGCUGCUACCGUCGGCAAGCGCCAGCAACGUCCACAACCCCAGCAGCAGGAUUCCAAGACCAGGUGGGAACAGUUCCGGAGUAGACCUACGAGGCAGUACGAUAUCAUAGAGUAUUUCGAAGGCGAGGGCCGAGAUCAUUCAAAAGUUAUCGAGGUGAUCCCUGAGAGUGAGAUUGACUACUUCUCUCAACGGUUCAGGCAAAGGCUUGAGAAUAAGUGA